CCGCAAGUCUGCAUUGGCGCUGUUUCAGUUUCAACUGUUUUCAGUUUUGUUGUUGAAGCCAUUUUACACUCGGCACCCCUUUUUGUUUAUAAGUUAUACAAUUGUUAAAGAAAAAUAAAUAAAUAAUGUUUUUACAUCUAUUUCGAUCGGCGGUGCGCUAGGAGGCGCGGCUCCGUUUCGUCUCUACAGCCCGAUAAUUCUUAAUAGGCGAUUUAUCAUCUACUCGAACGUUUGACUUCAGGGCUGAUAAUGACAUGAUUUAUACAUCGGAGUGCGCUGCAAAUGGUGCACACAUUGCCUUUUAUUUAAUGUAAGGGCAAUGUUUAAAAUGAUUGUGUACCUUUUCGGUUGCCACUUUUAUGUUCUGAUCAACACCAAUAUUUUGCCGGCUGUAUUCUCAAGUUAAACAUUUUGCCAAAUGACGGGCGUCGAGGGUAAAAAGGCAAUGGAAUCUUUUAAUGAGCAAGCUUUUGAACAAAAAUUAUACCAACUCAAAGAUACGCACGAUAGUAUUGCAUCUCUAUCUUCGUGGUGUUUGUUUAACCAACAACAUUAUUCCAAAAUAGUAUCUACAUGGCUUAGUGUUCUUAAACGAGUGAGGACAGACCAUAGAGUCCUGAUGUUUUAUCUAGCCAACGAUGUCAUUCAGUACAGCAAACGAAAGCAGUUGCCGUACGUGGAUGCUUUCGCUCCCGCGCUUCAAAAAGCGACUACCAUGGUUAGAGAUGAAUCGAUAAGAAAUAAAAUCCUGAGGCUAUUUAAGAUUUGGGAUGAUAGAAAUAUAUAUGAUGAGUCUUUUCUCGUUGAUCUCAGUGGUUUGUUAACUCACGGCAACAAAUCCAAUCCAAGAGUGGACAUAGAAGAUUAUCAACCUUCAAUUUUGUACUCAAGAUUAAAAAGUUGCAAAAAUCUAGAAAAAGACACGGAAUAUAAAUUGAAAAUAAUGAAUGAAAGUUCAAUGACGAUUAGUGAUAUAGAAGGCCUCCAAACAACUUUAAAAGAUAGAAAAGCGAGCGAAGAUGUUGUUAGCGACAUUGAUGAAACUAUGAAAAAAGUGACCGCUUAUAUAAACGCAUUAGAGGCUGAAGUUAAGGAAAGAAAAGGAUUGCUCGAUCUCCUUGACACUGGUGACCAAUACUAUGAAAGAGACUACGGAGAAGCUAAAAUAGUAGUUAAUGCUUACAAAUGUUUUACAAAUAGAGUAAAGGGUGUGAAAAGAAAGUUAGAAAUCAAAAUGGAAGAACUGGAGGAAAUUUUACAACGGCACCAGAAAGAAAGAGCAACUGCGGAUAGUCAAGAAUAUGGUGUAAAUUUUCCCUCACAUGGAUCCUUUAUGAGUGGCAGUGCGUCGAAAGAUCCCACGUUGGCAAACAAGUUGGAUGAUUUUAAAAGGGUAAAAGCCGAUUCUUUAACAAAAUUCCCCGCUGAUUCGACAUACGACUUAAGAAAAGAACAUGCACUCCGCAGCCAAACUUCAGAUCUCCCUGACAAAGUUGUUUACACUGAAUAUGAUAAUCCUCAACCAGUACCGCCUGUAGAAAAGACGGCUUGGGAGUCAUCUUAUCCAAGCCUGGACCAGAGGUUAGCGCUUCAUAAAUUUUCAGAAGGCCGCCUCGAAAUGAAACCUACAUCUUCACAGCUGCCCCAGACAGUGGCAAGUUCUAAACCUGUACUUAGGAAUGUUCAACCAAUUAAAACACAAAUUUUGGACCAAACGACUGGGAUUGAUCCAGUUAUGUUGCAGAACUGGAAUAGUGAUAAGGAUUUUGAAUCUCCUGAGUCUCCUCCAUCAUUUGAAAAAGCAGGGAUUUCUAGGCCUAACGAUGAUGUUGAUAUGAGAAUAAAAGACAUUGACCAUAGAAAUCUUAUAAGUCUUACUAGUCGAUCUCCAACAGGAUGGUCUCCAAUAUCAGCAUAUGGGGAUGAAGUGUUAGCAAUGAGUCCCGAUGAUAACAACGUAGGAAGUAUCGAUAUGGACUUGAGCGAUGAUGAUGACAAAAAACCAGUUGGAAAACCUAUUGAAGAUACAUCAAAAACUUCUCAGACACACAAUUUACACACACCGGAAAUGUUACCAGAACAAAACCCGUCUUUUUUCACCUCACCGAUGUUACUUCUUCCUCCACCUCCACCUCCAUCACCGCCAUCACACAGUGUUCAACCUCCGCCACCACCUCCUCCACUACCACCCGUGAUUUCUCCUUCUACACCGGUAUUAAAAGGUUGGUCUCAGGCCGGUACAACCGAGUAUCCGAGAAAUCAUAGCGACAGCUUCCCUUCGAUGUCUGUGCCACCACCUCCUCCUGUUCUACUGACGAGUCCGACUCAGAGGCAAUACCAGAGCUAUGAAUCAAGCACGUCUUGCUCGCCUGUUACGGCAAGCCCUUCUCUCAAAGCUGGAUCGAUCUCACCUUAUUCUCCAGUACAUGUUCCUCCUCCUCCUCCACCACCACCUCCUCUCACUCCCAUACAAUACAGGCCGUUGCACAUGAACCAACCUAAUUUUUCUCAACGCUUUUCCAGAUACAGUUCCGAUUAUACCAGACCGGGUAAUAUAACUAGGCCCACUUCAGUGACAGAUUAUAACCAUAGGUCACAAUCAAUAUCUUCGUACAAUUUAAUAAAUUGCGAUGGGAGAUUAAGGCCAGAUGAGUCGCCCCCUUUUAAUUCUGGCCAUCCUAAUCAGUACAAUCACCCCGUUCCUUCGUCAUAUGGAGGUGUCACUCAAAAUAAUAGGCAAAAUGCAAAUUUGAUACCCACAGACAAUUUACCUCUUUAUUCACAAGCACCACCAUUUAAUACUCUUGUGCCUGGUAAUGGAAUAACACCAUCACCGGAGAACAAUAGGUUGAAUUUACCGCAAACAAAUAUGAAUCAAACAAGUCCUAGGUAUAAUACUGGUGCAAAUAUUAGAGUUGUUAACACAAACCAAAGUUCGUUUAAUCCUAGAAUUCCUCAUUUUAAUUCGAUGUUACGUCCGAAUAUUAACAAUCAACAAUUUCCAAUUCCUCCACGUCUACCCCACUCAAAUCAAAAUAACAAAUUUUCAGGGUUUCACAAAUGGUCAUAAAGUGAUUUUUUUGCUACAUCUUUACCUUUUUUCUUAUUGUAUAUAAAAUUGUUGAUUAUAGUACAUUAAUGGAUUGUAUAAAAUAAUUAUAAAAUGAUUCAAAUUGUACAAAGGUGUAAAUGAUUUAUUUGAAUUAUGCCUUAGGACAAGGAUAUCUUUGGUGAUUAAAUUUAAAAGAAAAUAUAUAUUAAUUUUACUUCAUUGAAAUUUUUAGGACUUUUAUAAUUUAUGUUGUUUUUUAUUUUUAUUUUUUAAACCCACUAUUAAAUUUCAUUAAUUCAAUUUCAAUUGGGAGUCAACGUUUAAAAUGAUCAAACCAAGAGACUAAUUGUAGUUUUCGUCUUUUAUAGUGAUAUGCUACUAAAAAUGUUGAAAUUUUCUAAAUUUUUUCACCAUUGUUGGAAUAGUCAACGUACAUUCAGUUUUGGCAAUUUUACGAUAGCCAAGUGUUCAAAUGUCAAUGUUUAGCUGAAUGAAUGGGUUUUUACAAAUUGAAAAAAUUUUAAAUGUAUACUAUUGUUAAACUCUAAAAGAGCAAUUUCUUUAAAUUUUACCACCGGAUUGUGGAAAUAAAAAUAUAAGUGGUACAAUUACUUCAGUUGAAGCAUACAUGUAUAAUGCAUAGAUAUAUUUUAUAACAUUAAAUUAUGUUUUUCCACAAA